UUUGUUCGCACUCAGUACGAGUUUGUGCGCCGGUCGAAAAGCAUUCGUGUUCUUAAUACUGGAAAAUAAAUAUAAAGAUCAAUAUCCUUUGUUAUCGACCAAUUGAUUAUCAUUAUUUUGGUGCCAUGAAAUUAUUUAUUAAUUUAAAAGGAAAAUUUAUGACUCAUAUUAAAAAAAACCACGUGCUCGAUUUGUGUGUGAAUUUACUUUCGUACAACAUUAUGUAUCUCUAAAUAGAUAGACCAACUUGUGCCUCAAUUAGCAAAGAAGAAAUGAAAAUCAAAUAAAAAUCAAUGAAAUCGAUGAAAAUAAAAUAAGAAAGUAUGUAGUCUUUAAUUUGACAUUUAGGAGAACAGUUUCACGUUACGAUAUUGAAAAGUAAUCGUGGGGAAACUUGUCUAGAGAUAGUCUAAUCAAGUGAAAAGUUCUACAACCGUAUCGUAAAUAUGUGAAUUUUUUUCCAAUUAUUAGUUACUUGGAGACACGACUUCUACCUUGCACACAGAAUUGCGUUUUCGUGAUUAAUGUCGAAUCACUCGUUGAAUUCAUUGUUAUCGUACGAAAAUUCCCCAGUGAAAUAUGUACCCUACGUGUAUACCUACUUACUUACACACAAAUUACGUGCAAAUUACCAGCAGUGUACCAAGAACAUCACGAAGAAUGUCAAACCUUUAUUCGGAACGGUAAUUCGUUAAAAAGAGUGUUAAAACAAGACUUACUCGAUCCAUUUUAUUUGGAAAGAUUGUUAGAUCGAUCAUUGUUUCGCACACUGUCGACAAAAGAAAAGACUCGCAGCUGGCGAAUGUUUUUACUCGAGGAUGUUUGAGCGAUAAUUUUAUUGAAAAAGAAAAAAAGAAGACGACAAACGGGACAGAUCGUGACGAGAGAGUAUUCUGGUGAGAGUUAAGAGGUCAUUUGAAAGAAAAGUAUGCAGCUACUUUCCAGCUUUAUGGCGAGGCACUUGAAGCGAGGAGCAUCCUUGAAAAAAGGAAAACGUGAAAUUACUCGAGGUGAAAAUUCUACAGCAAAUUGUUCAAACUUGAUAGGAGCUUCAGCCAUUAACAAUACCGUUGGAUACGAUACUGCACCUGGGGGUGCCAAUAUGAUCCCCGAUGAUACUGCACCCGAUGAAGAUUUCGCUGUAGCUAUUACUCAAAAAACCCAGAGAGAUGCAGAAGCCAUUCGAAGUGCUUUAUAUCUUGGUUUUGCUCUUACGAUCGCGUGGAUAAUAGGCGCAGCAGGUUUAUCACUGGCGUGGUUAGUCCUUGUGUUGGCAUUAACAGCGACAAUAUUUAAAACAAGGAUAUCCCGUCUUCUUGACUCGACCGUUCAUCGUGAAUUGGCCAGACUACGGCGAAAAAGAGCUUUGUACAAAGAUGAAACCGCUGAAUGGCUAAGUUUACUUCUGAAUAAAUGGUGGAGAUUUAGCGCUGCCAGUAUAUUUUCUUUAGCAAAAGAAAGACUAGAACCUCUUUUAAACGAAGCAAAGCCAGGAAUACUUGGACCGCUGGAAUUAAGAGAGCUGACACUUGGCGAACAAACUCCUUGUGUCACACGCGUAAGAACGAUAGAUUAUGCGAAUGACGAUGACGUCGAUGGUCAAACUAGGCAGACGAAAUUGUCGAUCGAGGCUGACCUACGCCUCGAUUGUGAACAAUUCCGUAUGCUCAUUACAACAAGAUUAUUUGGCAAAGGGGUUGGCAUGGACGUUGAUCUGGCCGUGGAGAAACUGUCUCUUUCUGGUACCAUACUUGUUAGCCUGACCCUUAAUUCCAUGGCACCGUUUCCUCACGCAACCUCUUUAAGCGUGAGUUUCUUGGAGAAACCGGAUGUUUGGUUCAGCGUGAAAAUCUUGCGAGCAGUACAAAUGAUGGAAAUGCCUUUAAUUAAAACCUGGAUUCACGCGGUGGUCACAGACGCUUUGGCUAGCUGGAUCGUCGAUCCUGGCCACUUUGAGAUGAAUCUAAGAGCACAAGAACGACCCGUGCCCAAAUUCGAUUCAUUAACUAAUUCCAUACCGCAAGCAGUGCUUACUAUCGUUUUAUCUCAAAAUGGAUAUUCAGCCUUCACCGCGGAUGAAGUGAGAUGGCUGGUGGUGACAUUGGGAGAUCAAAGACGGAUCACAACUCCUCUGAAUCCCACGUGGAACGAGGAUAUAUCUUUCUUAGUAGGAGUCUUGGAUAACGAGAAAGUCUCUAUCAAGUUGAAAGCAAAACGACUUGUCAGCACCAUCACGUUGGCUCAGUUCGAACUUGCGCUCGGGAUGUAUCAUUGGGAUAGCUCGCAAGUAAUCGAAACCGUAUUACAACAAAAGAAACCGUCCCGGAAUACUGCCAACAUUCCAAACAUCAACGCUCGAUUAGAGUACACCGCACUACCGAAAUUGGAUCCAGACUUACCACGACCAGAAUUAACGGAAGAUAAUUCACAUUUAUCGGGAGUGCUCGUCGUUUAUAUUCAUUCGGCAGAGAAUCUAAAUAGCGACACUUCCCAAUGCAAUCCUUAUUGUACAUUAUUUAACAAUCGUAAAAAGGUGAAAACGACGCAUUACAUUCGAAGCACUACGUCGCCCUGCUGGGAAUCAAGAGCACAAUUUCUUGUUCAGGAUUAUACUCAAGUGUCUUUAAGUUUUGUUGUAUACUCUUGGAAUAUAUCCAAAUCGAUUGACAGUGAUAUGCUUGGGCUCGCUAUAUUAUCUUUAUCUCAAGAAAGUACAUGGAUAGUUAGAAAAAGAUUGAUUCUUAGUGGGUCGAACGUUACGUCAACAAUGACCGUUUCCGUACUAUUCCAUCCUGUUAAAAGCGUGCAGCAAGUAGUCACCAGUCGAAGGAGCAGUUUGAUCUUUCCAAUAUCAGACGAUGAACCGAAAUCUAAAAGAAACAGCUUACCGUGGAUGCAACAAGCAAAACUAUUACUAACUCACAAGGAUAUAGAUCCCGCUUCAUCAGACGUAUCCAGUCUACUUUCCACUGGAAGUGGAUUAAUGGAAGUAACAUUGGUACGCGCGAAAGAUCUUGUUGCAAAAGAUCUGAAUGGUUUCAGCGAUCCUUUUUGCGAAUUGAAACUAAAUAAUGAAACAAAGUACAAGAGCAGCAUAAAAAAGAAAACACUGAAUCCUUGCUGGGAUGAAAGUUCCAUCAUGGGUUUGCCCCGAAUUGGCGAAACUUUGGAUGUCGUAUUAUGGGAUCAUGAUACUUUUGGUAUGAAGGAUUAUCUUGGAAAAGUAUCAUUGACUCUCGACGACAUUAGAAAAUUAUCAAAUAGCGAUCAGCAGUCACAUUGGUUCACGUUGAGAGGAACUAAAACCGGAUCUGUAGAGUUGAAAAUUAAGGUUUUAUCCGAAGAGUGCGAGACUCAAAGCACUUAUGCAGCUAGCAAUAUCAGCGAAAGUUCAACCCAGUUAAAUAUUGAAAGUUCUGAAACAGUGUCAAACAUUAUAAGAAGACCUUCAAUGGAAAAAUCAAAAAUGAGAUUACACUUGGACGUUGUACCACCGCCGCCACCUCCUCGUACAGUUACUUUGUUAAAACCAAUUAUUUCUAGUCAAGCUGACAAAGCUAGUAUCGCAAGCAAAGAUUCAAACGAAAUGAAUGGAACCGAAAAUUCCUGGAUACCUAAAGUUAUCACAGAAACCAUUACAGAUGUAGUGGACGAAACUGAUACAUCAAAGUUAAGAGAACGGCCAUCUUCUCACAACAGUUUAACUCCAAGUCCAGAACAAAAUUUCGGCAAAAAAUUACCACAGUAUAACAGCUUUCGCGUUAUGAAACAAAAGAUGAAAAGAGGAUUGAAACUUCGUAGAUUUCGUUCAGAAGUAAAUAUAGAGGACAAAAAUGAAUCAAAGGGCAUAACAUUAAGCUUGGAACCUAGAGGUGGAGGAGAAGCCGAUGCUACAGAACUUUUACAAGGAUCUGGUUUAGCCCAUGCAGUAUCACAGCCCGAUAUGCUUAGCAGAAUAAGACAACCUAGUCCCCACUUAAGAUUAAGACCGAAUGAAUUGAAGAUUGUCAAUGGCACUAAAGAAAAAUACUCGGGCAUAGAAGGAAAAGUUUUACAAGCUCAAGGUCUUCACGUUGCGCAUAUCGCUCAGCUAUAUUGUCGAAUUAAGCUUCAAAUAUGUACCAGUCCUGAUAAAAUUACGUCUUCGGCAAAUGGUGGUAAAACAUUAGCAAAAUCUCGACUUUUACCUGCAAUGCCUAAUCCACAAUUCAGUAUAGAUUUUCACAUAGAAGGUGACAAUGUUCCUAGACAAUCUUUAUUAAUAUUCGAAAUCAGAAGUGCUAGCAAAGAAUUAUUAGCUAGCCGGCGCAUCACUCUUCAUGAAUUAUUGGGCGUUUCCGCGGCAACUGAUGAGAUUCAUACAUGGUUAGCAUUAAACAAUGGAGCAUCAUUGGAAGUACAAAUUGUUCAUGGAAGAGAAUCGAAAAGUAAAUCUACAAAGAAACUCUCGAUCCUGGUCAGUACAUCGAAUAGGAAAAAUAUAAGCUUUAAUCAGUCUUAUAUAUAUUUGUAAAAAUUACAAUUUUUAAAUUUCUCCUGAGAAAUAGUAAACAUAUUUACCAAUUGAUUUUACAUUUUACAUAUUUUAUUACAUGUACAGAUAUACAUAAAUAAACUUGUUAAUCUUAAAAUAAGAAUCAC